GCACACGGGAGGGUCACACAUGUGACGGGAAAAUGGCGAGUGAAGAUGUGUUUAGAUUGUUGGAAGAUUGUGUCCAAAAAGUACAGGAGAAUACGGCACAACCAGACAUUUUUCUAAGCCCGCAGGACGAAGUGGCAGCAGAGUUCACGUCUCUCACCAAAACCUUGUAUGAUCUCCGCAAAGCCCAGGAGCCUGCAGGUUAUGGAGGCAGCCCGCUGGCUCAGCUUGUGGUGGAAAACUUUGAUGAAGAGCAGAUUUGGCAGGAGUUGGAGCUGCAGAACGAUGCUGUCCUGACACACUUUAAGAAUGCCAUAGAUGGGGCUUUGUCAAAUGGAAACCUCACGUUACUGUCAGAUGAAGAAAUGGAUGCAGACAAGGAAGACCAGAGUGGAGUAGAAGAAGAAGAAGAAGGAGCAACAGAUGAUGAAAAUGUUAGCGAACAGCUUCCUCGACUGUCUAAAAAAUCCUCAGUGGAAGCUGAAGAAGGCUCAGACAAUUACUCGGAGGAUGACUCGGAUAUCGACUUUGACGUGAACGCUUUGGAGAAACAGAGAAAGGACAAAGGAAAGACGGGCUCCAAGAAAAAAGUGGUUCCCUCUGAAGUUGAUGACAAGUUCUUCAAACUGUCAGAAAUGGAGACGUUUCUUGAUGAUAUAGAGAAGCGAGAGGUCAAAGAAGACGACAACGAAGAUGAAUUAGACUACUUUCGGGACCUGCCUUCCGAUGAAGACGAUGAAAUCAACUUGGAUGAAGUCAUGUCUUCCAAAAAGAAAAAGACAGGAAAGAGUUCCAGAGAUCUCAAGUACAAGGACUUCUUUGAUGCAGUGGACAAUGAACCAGAUGAGCAGCAGUCAGAUGGAGACGAUGACCACAUGGAUGACAGCCAGGAAGAAGAUGGUGAGGAAAUUGAUGGCGAAGACGACACCGAAGAGGAGGGCGAUGAUGAGGAUGAGCAGAAAAGUCGCUCCGAAGCAUCUAAAAAGAAAGUGACCUUUGAUCUGUCAGAAGAUGAAGACAGCGAAGGCGAGGACUUAGAGGAGGUUUUAAAAACACCAAGCCCUGAAAAGGCUGAACUAAAGUCUUCAUUUGAGAAACGACAAGAAAAGAUGUCCCAGAAGAUUGAAGAACUGGAGAACGCGGCUCUGGCAGAGAAGCCGUGGCAGCUGCUGGGAGAGGUGACGGCACAGACCCGCCCCGAAAACAGCAUGUUGGAGGAAGAUGUGGAGUUUGAACAGGCGUCAAGGGCAGCACCAGCCAUUACAGAAGAAACCACACUGCAGCUGGAGGACAUCAUUAAACAGAGAAUCAAAGAUCAGGCGUUUGACGAUGUGGUCCGUAAAGAGAAACCGAAAGAGGAGGUGUUUGAGUACAAGAAGAGGUUAACUUUGGACCAUGAGAAGAGCAAGCAGAGUCUAGCAGAAAUCUACGAGCAGGAAUACAUCAAACAGACUCAGAAAAACACUGAAAAGGAGGAGAACCCAGCUCAUGUAGAAAUUCAAAAGCUCAUGGACACACUAUUCUUGAAGUUAGAUGCUCUCUCCAACUUCCAUUUCACACCCAAGCCUCCCGUUCCUGAGGUUAAAGUGGUGUCCAACUUACCAUCCAUUACCAUGGAGGAGGUGGCUCCAGUCAGCACUAGCGAUGCUACACUGCUCGCACCAGAAGAGAUCAAGGAUAAGAACAAAGCAGGAGAUAUACUUGGUGAUAUUGAGAGGACGAAAACAGACAAGAAGCGCGAGAGACGGCAUAUAAAGAAGGUGAAACGACUGAAGAUUAAGGAAAAGGAAAAGAGGCAGAAAGUCAAAGAAGCCAACAAAACUGGAGAAAGCAAGAAGAUUUCUAAAACUGAAGUUGCUGAAAACUUGAGAAAAGUCACAAAAGGAGGAAAGGCGACCAUACUUAAGGAUGAGGGGAAGGACAAGGCUCUGCGAUCAUCUCAAGCCUUCUUCUCUCAGCUGCAAGACCAAGUCAAAAGUCAGAUCAAAAGUACAAAAGAGCGCUCAGAGAAGAAGAAGAAACACAUAGAAGUGUCUGUUAGCAAACUCAAGCUGUAGUCAAUGUUUUUGGUAUUGAUGAUCGACUUUAUGCGUAUAUUUUUUAUUGUAAAGUUGCAGUAUAAUAAACUUGAUCUAAAAAAAA